UGUAUUUUGAUAUACUAUAAUGAGGGCUACAUGAAGUCUAUACCCCAAAACUCUCAAUUCGCUGACCAAAAUUAAAGAAUAUCGCAGGCUUAGAAGUAUCGGAACCAAAUAACCAAUCGAUAUUUCUUGCCCUCUGGGCAAGAAAGUAUCGAUACUCUUCUUCAAAAACCUGGUAUCGAUAGUAUCAUAGUAUCCGAGUAUUUGGUAUCAAUAUCGCGGCCAGGAAAUUCGCUUGACAAUGACACCACUACCCAUUUGAAGCUUGCUAAAAUUUCAAGUGUUGAUUCCUAUAGUCAACGAUUCCUAGCGAUGGCAGACAAAACAUUGCACAAACGAAGGCAUUUUGACGUGAAUAUUCCAUUUGAAAAUAGUGAGCCUGUUAUUGUUAAAAUACUGUUGGAAAUCAAACCAGAAUGGUCUAAAGAGAAGCGGGAAUUUAAGUAUUUCACGGAAGGCAUUAGCAACAAAUUGGUCGGCUGCAUGUUGCAAAAUGGCUCUGAGAAAGACCUCAUAAUGUUCAGAUUAUACGGGAAUAGAACCGAACUGUUUAUCGAUAGAGAACAAGAGUUGGUAAACGUGGAAUUCUUACAUGCAAGGGGAUUCGCGCCGAAGUUGUAUGCCACCUUUGAGAACGGAUAUUGUUGUGGUUUUAUCCCUGGACGGACACUUGAAACGGAAGAGAUGUCGGACGAGCACUUGAGUGCACUUAUUGCAAAGAAAUUAGCUCGUGUUCAUGCAAUAGAGUUGCCAAGUGAUUUUAAAACUGGCGAGCCGUGUGCCUUUAGUAUGAUUGAGAAGUUCCUUAGUGUAUUGCCUGACAAGUUUGAUGAUGAUGUUAAACAAACAAGGUGGGUAUACUCAUAGGCAGCCCAAAAAUGCGUGGUAUUUGUCUCCUGUAUGUAGUCUUAUAGCUUGGAAAAGUUCUGAAAGCUUACAUGUGGCACUCGGGCACAGAAUAUUAAAAGGCACACAGAACGUCGACUAAGCCGAAAGAAACAUAACCGCUGCCACGGCAUGAUUUGCAAUGAUUCGUCAUCAAAAUGCUGACGCCAUGGUCCUAGCCAGUGCACUUUAUGAGAGGCAUUCACCUCCUGGACACAGAACAAAGACACACAGAAGGUCAACUCAGCCAAAAAAGCGUAACUGAUGCACACCGUGAUUCAUUAUCAAAAUGAUGACACCAUGAUGUCAUUGAUGCCAUGAUGUUAUGAGAGGCAUUUCCCACUUGGACAUUAGCAAAUUUGAAUAUUAUAAGUGCACUGGCUAGGACCAUGGCAUCAGCGUUUUGAUGACGAAUUACGGUUACUCCCAAAUCAUGGGAAAAACCAAGAAGUUGGGCGUCUGUAUAUGGGGCAUCCAUUUAGUAUGUACGCAAAAUUUCCAGAAUAUUUAACACCCCCCUCCCCUUUGUACGCAAUUGUACGAUUUUUUGGCUUCCUCCCUAUGCAUACACAUGCGUACAAGAAUAUUCUAUAAGCGACCCCUUACCCAUCAUGCUCAAUAUUUUUAACCUCAAUUUUAGCAUAGUUAAUAGAAUAUAUAGAUGGUUUGGAAACUCAUUAGAAUAACCAGGCAUUCCAACUCUCCCGAUUUUACCGGGAGUCUCCUGAAAAUUCAUGCAAUCUCCCGGUCUCCCGAUUUUUAUCAAAUUCUCCCGAUUUUUCAGAAUAUUCAGGAAAUAUCAUAAAAAAUUAUAAAUAUACUGUUUUUAGCAACAUAAUAGUCUGUCUUGACCUUUUUUGAAGUUGCUUUAUGGCAAUUUAUAGGAUCACGUAUAACAACAUAGUCCCAAAAUGCAGGAAACGCCAUUUCAGAAGACUUAAUUUUUAUUGUUCCCCCCCUCCCAGAAACGGACUUCAAGAACUAGAUUUCAAUUCACUGAACAGUCUCCCUAAAUUUUACCUCCAGUAGUUGGAAUGUCUGAAUAACAAUAUAACUCAUUAUCUAUGCUAAAAUUAGUCAACGUUUAUUAAUAAAUCUGGUCAUUCACCGUCACAUGUGUAUUGUAUUUUUGCCAAAUCCACCAAAUAGCAAUUUCCCCCAUUGUUUGAAUCACAGAUAGGUAACAUUUUUUAAUUGGGUAAAAAAUUAAAAAUACAAUAUACACACAUGACGGUGAAUGACCAGAUUUAUGAAUAAACGUUGACUAACAUAGAUAAUGAGUUAUAUUGUUAUUCUAAUGAGUUUCCAAACCAUUUAUUCUAUUAACUAUAUAAAGUAUGAUUUUAGUAAAUGUUGACCUUCCAUGGCAUUAAUUUUCGCUCAAUGAUUAUAAUUUAUAAUGUAUUUUUAAAAACAAUAACACCAUGAUCAGCGGUUGUACACUGUCGCACCUCACUGCUUCAAAUUAGCCGCCAAUCUUGCAAUCUUUAACUUCCGGCACACAUGCUUUUAAAGUUUAAACCUCAAUAAUGCAUGUUUUAUUCGUUUUAACGCUGCUUUUAUUUAUUUCUGUUAUCUUUGCCAGUAUAUUUAAAAUUAUUACAUGCAUAAUGCUUUUUUAAAAUAUAUACAAACAGUACACUCACUUAGGGAAGCAAAUUUAGGGUUUUUGUUGGUCCCAAAAUAUCAUUAUGCGUACGUACGAAACAACAGUUUAACCCCCCUCCCCCACUGUACGCAAAUGUACACAUCGAUCCUACCCCCUACCCCUCUCUCUUUGCGUAACUAUGUACAUACUAAAUGGAUGCCCCCAUAGUUUCUAUUCUGUGUCCUGGACGUCCGCCAUUUUGAAUAUUAUCAGGUUGAACAAGGUUGUACUGCACCCGAAGAACAAGUUGUCAACAAUUAUCAAUGUUGUCAACUGAACAAUGCUGUGACAACAUUGUUGACGACUUGUUGGUACGGUGCAGCACAACCUUGUUCAAGCCCGUCAUUAUCAAACAGGAACAGGUAUAUUACCAAACUCAACAAUAUCUUUAGUUAGUUUGGAAUAUUGCAGGUAAGCUAGUAUAUACAAUAUGGCUCACAAUUGUUUUCUUUUUUAAAGGUAUGAAAAGGAAAUUCUUAGUAAGGUAAAUGUGGUGGAUGAACUGAAACUUCUCAAAGACAAACUUGGGAACUGUAAUGUUCCACUUGUUUAUUGCCAUAAUGAUUUACUGGUCAAAAAUAUUAUCCGCAACAAGGAAGAUGGUAGGUCUUGUUUGUAAUUUUUUUGUAAAUUGCAUAUGUGCAGUAAUUAUAUUUAUAUUUCAAAUUCAAUUCUGUGCUUGCACAUGACGUCACUACGUGUCAUUAGGUGCCAUCUUGGUUGAUUUUAAAGUUUUAUCCAGCCGUUUACUUCGAAAUAGUUGAGUUACUCUUAUUAAUUUAAUAUUUUUUGUUAAUAUUUUGAAAACAACUUACUGUAGUAUGGAUAGUUUACGAUUUCUGGCACAAUAUAUGACAAAGAAAGAAGAAUAUAGAUUUUUAGAUGUUUUGAAAAUUAACCAAGAUGGCGUUGAUUGCAAACGAGCAAAUGAUCAUGAACGACAACAGAUAUGGGAAGUUUACAGAGUUCAUAAUUAGCGAUCUUUGAAAUCCUUAAAAGUCUGUAAAUUUGAAUCCAGGUCCCUAUAAGGUCUUUGAAAAGCUUUUAAAUUCUUUAGUGUGAGGAAAGUCUUUAAAAGUCUUUAAUAAUAAAUGCUUUAGUGAGUAUUUGAAAAUACUAUUUCCUAGCUAAAUAUAAAAGAGAUUGAUUGAAGCAAGAUUUUUUGCAAAUAUCGACGAAAAGGUGCAUUUUAGGAUGUGAUUUGACAGCCGAGGACUAAUUACCGGUAAAAAUGGUGCUUACACUAAGGCGUAAAAAAAAAAUACCUGUGGUUCCCGACCGACCCUAUUUUUUUUUCAACGCGAUUGACCGUGCGACCCUAUUUUCUCCAGGUGGUUGCGGGCUGCUCAUACAGCGUGCCAAAAUGGCGCCAGUGUUGUCACAAUAAUUAUUGAACCAAAUUGCCUCAAUUCGUCCAUAGGAAAUACGCAUCUCUAGUUAAUAUUGAUGUCGGGACUCUAAUGCAAAUCGCCCAGCAAAAUCGCCCAGCAAAAUCGCCCAGCAUAGCGUGGCCAAUUCGCCAACAUGAAUUGAAUGUGUACUUUUGAACACCGGCUUAAAAUUUACAGAUUGAAAUAGCUUUUCAGCAGCGGUCAAAGCUUUCUAUUGUAUUUUUUUAGGUAAAACUUCCUACUAGACUUUACUCUUAUUUUUUUAUUACGGCAUGUUCACACCCUGAACUGGUCUUGCAAGAGAAUCACGAGGCAUAAACACACCAGGGUCUUAGCUAGCAUUUUAUAUCUUGGACGUGUUUCUAAAUUUUCAGGGUGUGCCCAGGUCAAUCACUUUGAAUACUAGCCAAAAACAUGAUUCCAGUUAUGCUCGCCAACAAUACACUAUACCUGUGGUUGGUCUAUGCUUUUCAACCAAAUACAAGAUGAGCAUACGCUGAUAUUUUGCAACGACGUUAUAAUAAGUUAUUUUAGCAACUCUUGGGGGCAUUUAAAGCCAUUUUAACAACCAUAUGGUGCCCAUUAUUCAUCAAAACAUUAAAACAUCACAGAUCACUUCAUGGCCAAAAACAAAUAAUGCCGCAUUCAUUCAGUCUAGCCGCGUUAACACGGCCAAUACGGCCUUCUAGCUAAGACCCUGAAACACAUGGAUCUGUGGGGUCAGAUUUGUCUUCAAGAAAAGAUAGGUAUUGAUAGGUACAGUAGAUAAUCCGAAGAUAGCGGUCCAGUUAUAUUCAUUUUACUGCUUUAUGAUGAAAUAAUGUUUGUAUAAUUAUGUGAAAGAAUUUGAAAGAAUUGAUUGAUUUUGGUGUUGCUAAAGCCAAAGAAAAAAAUACUUGGGUUUCUAGUUUCCUGACCCUACCUUGCUUUUGGCUGCAACGCAUGUCAGAAAUUUUCCGGACUGUCAACUAAAAGGGCAUAGUACAAAACAUGGACUGGACCCAUGGACUGGACCCAAAAUUGGACUAAAAAUUUUAGCCAAAAUUUUGCCCAAAAAUCCAUUAUUUUUUCGGAGAGAAACAACCCUCAGAAUAUCGUGCUUUUAUUUAAUUUGUAUCUUUAGGCAAAAAACUUCACGUUGCAUCACUUUUCCUUGACCUAUCUAGCUAUUUGUCUUCCAAAAUUCUAUAUUCUAUUUUCUAAACGUUAUCUAGGGUAUCUCGUAAAUAAUAAACCUUUGUGAAAUAUCUUUGCGCAAUGGUCACAAAUACAUCACAUCGAUAUAAAUCAUUCCAUCAAUAUAUACAUCAAUAUAUAGUUAUUUAAUUAUAUACCUGUACAUUUUGUGUCUGUAUAAUAUGGUCCCUCUAUAUAUUCCGGCAUAUACACUAUGUCAGGUAUAUCCUCUAACGAGUAACGAGUUCGCGAGUUUGCAACGAGAAAUAGGAAACACGCCGGGUAUUUCUUUUUUUGGCCUAAUAGUAAGUUAUGAUUGUAUAAGAUUUUGUAAUAACAAUGCAAAAAUCUUAAUCCCAUUUUAUUGUACGUAUGUGUAGUACUUAGAGGAUAAGAUAGUAGACAAUGUUAAAAGUAUAGGUAGCAAAUAAAGUCAUAAAAUGGGUUAAAGGUAAAAUCACAGCAGUGCCCAUGUAACUUCUAACCUAUUAUGCAACUAUUUGUUGCAAAUUUGUUUCUCGUCAGGGGCUUUCUCCAAAGUUGAUGCAGGCAAGCGGCCAUUUAGCAUUAUGCCAUAUGAUUAUGUCAGACAUGGGGGCGUGGGAUGAAAAACUAAUAGAGGAUAAUAUUGACGUUUACGGCAUGUUAUGUAGCUACAGUAAUUCCUGCUUCUAUGCAUGAAUUACCCUAAAUUGAAGUAACUUCGAACAACUAUAAGUAUAAGUUGAGCUGAAAAUACAAUUUGAAGUUUGACAUUUGUGGUUAGCGUUCUGCCAUAAACGUCAAUCUUAACCUGUCUAUUAUGCAACCAAUAGUCACCUCAUAUUAUUCCUACCUUACAUUGUAGAUGAUGUAUCAUUUAUUGACUAUGAAUAUGGUGCGUACAACUACUCUGCGUUUGAUAUUGGCAAUCACUUCAAUGAAUUUGGAGGUAAGAAUUUAUUUUAUCUUGUUUUGCAUGUUGAGUUAGCAUGCAUGUACAUACAGCAUGGCCGAAUUUUGAGGGGAAGUAUGGGGAGGUGUGCACCUCCCCUAAGAUCGUUUAGCAUCUCCCCUGAGAAUUUUUGCACCUCCCCUUGGGAAAGUUUCAAUGAUAGAUCAAAGUGAAAAUUUGAGAUUUUUUGGUUGCUUAUAGGGUCUACACUUCGUAAGAAAGUUCUUUUCUGUAAAAUUGAAACAGUGAAUCCGAGUGAUAGCCAUUCAUCUCUGUGUCAAGUACCCUUUUAAUGCAAUGUUUGGAAAGAAACGUAGUAAUUGUAAUGAAGGGCAAAAUUGGAUGAGUUGUAUGUACAGCCAUAAUUCAUUAAUACACUGAUUCGUAUGUUCACUAUGUGACAUUGGCCCGUUCUAAGCCCUAACUUUCUAUGGACCGCUGCACCUCCCCUAAUUUUUCCCCCUCGCCCACUAUUUCCACCAAAAUCCGGCCUUGACGUACAGGCCUUAAAAUAUGGGUCGGUCACGGACAUUGUGCGGCCAAUUUGUGAAAUUGUCUGCUGACGUAGAGAGAAAGCCACUGGACAUUCUACCUACAGUGUAAGUGAAACUGAACUGAACUCAUUGUUUGUCCGACCCAAAUGAAUUGGUCCGACCUAAUUGUAACUUUGUUCAACGUAAAUCGAAGUAUACCCUAGUCCAGGACUAGAGGCUCGUAUACUGUAUUCAAUGGUGAAUCAUUGUACGUAAUGUACGAAAAGUGAACUGGAAAUGUGUAAUCAAGUGCCGGGUUUUCACCGCGGGGUUCGGAAAUCCAUUGCCAAGAUUCAAAUGACUUCCCAAAUUGUGCUGAUAUUGAUUUAUGUCUGUAUUGUAUUUCAUACUGUACAUACUGUAUUUACAAGCCAAACUGAACUCAAAGUCAUCGGACAUCAUAAUACAUACGUUCGACCCAAACUCAAUGUCAUCAAACAUUUUGUCAAACGGUUCUCUGACCGAUAUUUUAAAGCCUGAUGUAGAGUAUAAGAUGUAUUAUAUAUAAUCCAAUAGUGAUAUAAAUUACUAUUCUUACAUGUAUAUACAAAAAUGUAAAGAAAGUUACCAAUGUCCCUGACCAAACACCACCCUGAAUACAUCGUUUCGGAAAGCACGUCACUUUGGCUAUAGAGCCUUGUUUUCGUGAUUGAGACUUUUGGGUUUGACUGCAUGGGGCUCUUUAGCCAAAGUGAUGUACUUUCCGAAAGGUGUAAUUUAGUAUUAAAUUUACAUUUUUGCAGUUGGCUAAAACUAAUUUGCAGUUAUUCCCGCAUACAGAACAUCUCGAGCGAGGCCAGUGAACUACGUAGGAUGGGGGCCCUGGGAAUUUUUUUAGAAAUUAUUAGACAUCAGGAGGUCAAUUUUGGCUAUUGGAAAUAUCACUCAGGAUUUUGGGUAUCAACACUCGAUAGAACUAAUUGUAGAAAGUCUACGAUUAGUUAUAUCGAAUGAGAUGCCCAAAAUCCUGAUAUUUAACCAUACACCUUACAUUGGCAUCACCUUAGUAUAUACAGUACAUAUACAGUACAUGAACUUGCGGUUGGAGCUCGACAGCCUCUAGCUGCAUGUACCUCAGUUGAUUAGAACGCUGCAUGCACAUGAAUAGACCUUUCCCCUUAUAACCAAAAUUUUGAUCUAGGCAAGUCUAGACAAAUAUUUCAUCACAGCUUGAACGAGCGUCACAAAAUUAGUAAUAUUCCAAAGUUUCGUUGCGAGAAAAUAGAGCCUUGCGAAGUUUGCAAUUUUCAGUCAUUUUGCAUUACAAACGGGAAAUUGCAGCCCCAACACCCGAAUCGGAUGUCAAUUUCCCGUUUGUAAUACAAAAUGACUGAAAAACGGCAAACUUCGCAAGGCUAUAUUAUCCGCAUUUACAAGAUUUUGCAACAAAACUUACUAAUUUUGUGAUGCUCUUUCAAGCUGUGAUGAAAUUUUUGUCUAGAUCGAAAUUUUAGUUAUAAGGGGAAAGGUCCAUUGCAGGGCCGUAACUUCGAUUCCUACCAGAGAGCCUAUACAGUAGUUGUAUUGCUGCUGCUGGUCAGUUCUACUAACUUUAUAAAAUUCACGCUCGGAAUUUCCAUCUACAAAGUAAAAAAAAACAUUCUCACUUAUUAACACCUAAUUAACGUGACGGGAUACCUAUUAAUUUUGUAAAUCUGACUACAACGGCCGUAAAAGCGGUAGAACGUGCAAAAAUUACUACAGUAGGAAAUUUCUAAUAUACUUGUGUGCACGCGACCAUCUGACACCUGUGAAUUUAGCUGCACAUUUAUGUUUUGAUACAUAUUUACUUCAUUGUAGGUGUUGUGAUUGAUCCAGAUUAUAGUUUGUAUCCUAAUAAAGAUUUUCAGUUGAAGUGGUUGAGAAUAUAUUUGGAGGAGAAGGCUAAAGUUCAAGGUAAGGUGGUCUAACAAAAAUAUCCUGUGGUUCUGGUUUCAUAUCCUCAAAAAAUUAGGGUUGGUUUGGCUAAAAAAAUUAGGGUCGAAAAAUCGCGGAAACGGCGCGUGGCGAACCCGCAAACAAAAAGGCUAACAACAUAAAGAAUGGUGAAUUUAGAGUGUUGAAAUUUAGUUUAUGGAAACUUUUUCUCUCGUUCAACAGAAACGAGAAUGACUACGACUUCCUCGCACGCGAUCAAAUCUUGUACUCGUAGUCGCUGCUAAAGCUCCCUAUUACCCUCAGUGAUGAUAUUUCAGUGAAGAAUAUCAUCAUUUCGGUGAUAUGUCGCCGAAUCCCCUUCGCAUCGCUCUAGAAAUAAUAAAUAUCACAGUUUUCUUUGCGCAAGUCUCGUUGAAACCUGCAAACGAGUUAGUUCGUAUCAUACAAAUAGCCCAUACAAAAGGAAUACAAUUACACGAAACUUAUUUUGCUUGUACAAUUCUCGUCCGCCAGGAACAGGAGACGUCAUUACUGAAGAACAACUUGAAAAGUUAUAUGUUCAGGUCAACCAAUUUGCACUGGUAAGAGUCGCUAUUACUGUAGAAAUCUGUAUAUCAUUCUGUUAGCCAAUUAAGAAAUAGAACACAUCUUCCAUUUUUCCAUACAGUUAUAGAAACACGCGUGGGAGUUCGCGACAACGUGGAUUAUUUCAUGUACAUACAUUAUUUCAUUUCGAUACACUCAAGAUUCAAAAUGAAUCUGAAGCAACCAAUUCUUUUCGUAGUUUUAACGAAAUUGUUUUACUAAUUACAGUGUAUAUACUGUAUGUAUCUUCUGAUUGAUGCAUCUGCCAAAAACAUGCAAUAUAUACGUAUUGAUCCUAGUUUAAAUUUUCCAAAUAUUUAGAAGCGCUAUAACAUUUCAAGUUAUUUGGUCUACAUAUCUUUCAAAACUUUCUCUCAUUGGCUGUUUUAUUAUGUUUCAAAAACUACGUCGCGUUGUCGAAUCGCGUUCGGUGUGUCUGGAUCUUAAGAACGCGCAAAAACAAUAUUUAACAAUUAGUCGCCGAAGGCGAGGUGAUUACAGGCCUACAAUAUAUUCAUUGAGUCGAAGGCGAAGUGACUAUAUAGGCUUCUGUAAUCACCGAGCCUGAGGCGACUAAUUGUUUUAGUAUAAUUUCAGUAUUGAAGAAGUUUUAUUUAUGAAUACAACUAAUACACUUGAUUAUGAAUAUGGUUUGCAUAAAUAAUUUACUUCCGUCUGAUAUUCAGCCAUUUUUUGGGGGAAAAGCGAUACUUACUGCUCAGAGCAGUUUGAGCAACAACUAAUCAGAGUUCGUUACUGUUGAGAGACCAAUCAGAAUGCUCAAAGGCCAUUUUUCAAUACUGAAAUUGUACUAAACUAUUAAUAAUCCUUAAUUUUCAGUAAGUAUAUGAUAUAUUUAUUAAAAUGUGAAGAAGGAUUAUAUCUUUUUUUAGGUAUCGCAUUUGUUUUGGGGUGUGUGGGCCUUGCUUCAGGCAAAUUUUUCAUCAAUUGAUUUCGACUUUCUAUUGUAAGUUAAGUUGCGAAAACUACCAUGCAUGAGGGUAAACAUAUUUGGUCAAGCUUUCGAUCGAUAUUAAGCCAGGGUUUUCAUUAGUGCCAUUAACAAAGCGGUUCAUGAUUGCAUGCAUGUCACUGAGUUGAAAUUUCAUGAUGUUCUGGGCUUAUAGAUCGAAAGCUUCUGCCCAGGGUAAGUAAUGAACGAAGGUAAUUCAUACGAUUCAUACGUGCGGGGGCUAAACUUGGGUCUUUAGAUACAUCAGGGGUGUGUCGGUUUGUUUUGCCCGAUGAAAGAGUGGUCACAAAAUAACGUAAAGAUAUACUGGGAGAAAUUAAAAAAAAAAAUGACAAGAGUCCUUCAGGGUUAGCGUCGAACGCACCAUCCUCGUCCUCAUGAGCGGGCCUGGGGACGGUGAUGCAACGCCACAACUCUCGAGUGGCAAAGGCGUGAGACCCCUAGCACAUACGCUGCCCAGAGAUUUAGAGUGUCUGAAACGCCAUUUCUUGCCCUUUGGGGGAAGAUUUUUUCAGAAUUGUGAUGGUCAGGAAAUGACGUAUAUAUAUUGGAUUAGCAAAUGUUCUUCUAAGUCUACAAAUGAAUGGGCAUUUGGUAAAUUUGCCAUAUACAAAAUUUCCGUUUUCUCCAUAACCACCCCCCUCCCCCCCCCCCCAAGGAUUUACGUCUGCAUGCGUGCGUCUCCCAUACUAUCACUAGCAUGUAAUACGUAUUUGUUUUCCAUUUAGAUACAGCAGGAAUCGUUUGUAUGAAUAUCUACGCAGGAAAGAUGAGUUUCUAAAUUUAUAAAACAAUUAAGAUAUAUUUGUGACUAUUCCAUUUUACAUUGUGCAUGUAGAUGUAUAAUGUACCCAAUCACAUCAAUUACAUGUAUUAUGUAAACUAUAUUAUUAUAUUUUUAUUAGAUUUAGUCAAUGCAUAUAUUAUAUACUAUACAUUAUAUUAUACAAUUCUUGUAUUCAGAUUCACAUAAACCAAUAUAAAUGGGAAAAAAAGUAAAGAAAAGAUUAUUGAAAGCAUUAUGGUUUCAGUAGAUCAUUUAAAAAUGUUUGUUAUUUGCUAAUGCACGUUCUUCUGGAAAGUAUGCAACUUUGGCUACAGAGUCUCGUUUUCGUGUAUGCGACAUUAGUUAAUUAAAGCCCAUCUCAAUCACGAAAUCGAAGCUCUAUAGCCAAGAUGAUGUACUUUCCGGAAGCGUGUAUCAUUACCUAAGCAAUAAUUUCUUCUUUAAUAUCUCUAGUUUGAUAGUAGUUGCUAUGAUUUCUUCUCGUUUGGAGGUGAACCAACUUUCUGAACUUUCGUGUUUUCUUCGAAGAAACUACAAAUGUCCGCCAGAAUUCUCUUAUUAUUGGUCACUCGUGGUUUUCCUUCAUGGAGCUCGGUUAAAACACCGCAUAGAUUUUCUACUCCACCAUUUUGGUAAGUAAAUUCCAUAUGAUUCAUCCUCAGUCCACUUCUGGCAAUCUUCAUGGCCAUUCCUUCGGAAACCUUUCCAGCCUUGAGAAGUGGCUUUAAGCUUUUGAAAUUUUCUUGCGUCAUUCGUGAGUGGGCGAGGUAAUCCCUGUACCAGGAAACAGUGAAACUGUGUUUUAGCAGUAAGUCGUCUGAUAUAAAUUUAGAUACAAGUUUCUGAAGCAUGCGUGCGUCGUCGAGAGCAUUAUGCGCAUUAUAUGUCGCAUCCAAGAGAUCUUUCGCCAAGGUUGUUUGAGCAUAAGUCUUCCUUUCUGGAAACCGUUCACGGAAUGCGGUCAAAGAAUCCGAGAAUCCAAGAACUUUCUGUGAAAACUCGUGCAUUUGCUUGCACGCUGCAACCGCGUUGAGUAAAUGUCUUGCAUCGAAUGUUCUGGCAUUGUGAGCAAUGAGUAAACAUGGCAUUCUCAGUUGAAGCCACGCCACAAGUCUCGAAAGUCCCUCGUUCAGAUAUACGCCGUUCACACGUUCUUCGCCUUGGUAUAAUAUUCCACGUUUCUUCCACAGUUUGUUCACUGCCGAAGCCCCAGAUGUAAUGUGGCCUUUAGGAAUAAUAUAAACGUUGAACUCAUCUAAACCAUCGGUUGCAGCAAUUUGACAUAUUUCAGUGUCUUCAGCU